AUGGAUAAUAAUAAGCUUAUAAAUUUUCAGCUGUGGCUGAAAAUGCAUCUGCAAGUUGUACAACAAACGAAAGAUUACAACGACCUUGUCGAUGCUGCAAGAUGUCUUGUUGAAUUUCAGGCAGCAACACAUGAAUUGGGACAUAUACCGGGACAAGCAGGCGAAGAUGAAGCAAUGGCGACCCUUCGACUUAUUCGUACGUGCAUGAUUACGGAAUGUGCUAGCGCUUGCGAAGCAAAACCACAGUUUCUAAAAUUCACUCCGUUUAUACCACAGUAA